UCGAUCAUUGAUAAAGUUCUAAAAGCAGCCGAAACGGUGGAAAUUCGUUUGUUUGCGCGUCUGUCUAUUUUUGAAGGCAAUAUAGAAAAAUUCCUCAGCGUCUGUCGUGAAUCGUCCGUCCGUAAAUAGUCAGCUUUGUAUUCGAAUAUUAAAAUGUGCUAUUGAAGAACAGCCCAAGCGUUUUUUGCUGAACUCGGAGGAACGGGCGCAAGACACUUGACAAAGAUGUGCGGCAUUAAUUGACCAACUGGAUGAACUGAAUGAAUAGAACUGAACACCUCCUACUCCCGGCCUCACCGUGAACUCCACUACGACGCCCGACUGUUGUUAUAUGUAUUCCCUAUAGUAUGAUUGUGUACACACGUGUCGCGAACAUUUCAUUUUGAGUGUCAGUACAAUACCUCUACUACGGCGGACCUGGAGCCCUGCUAGUGGCGUGCUAUUGUCUACGUCCCAAUUCAGACAGAAUGCAAAUUCCCAACAAUUUGCUGCGGAUAAUUUUCAUGCUGUCAACAAUUGUCGCAGUUACAGGUGAAUGAAAGAUAAGGAAGGGCACGGAGAAAUGUCACUGGAUUGUUGUUCUAGCCGAAUAUUAUUCCUCAGGGAACAGACCUUUAAUAUAAUCCAACAACACAAAAUGCAACAAUACCAACAACAGGGCAACGACCAACAGCAACCGGCCAAUGAAAAAUAUGAGCAGCACGUUUACGGCGGAAGCGCCGUAUCGGGCGAGAAAGUAUUCAAUAAAAAUCACACAACUAUUAACAGCGACGACGAAUCGACCUCUGGAGACGAACAGUCGACCAACGAUGGUUCCGGUACAGAGACAUCCGCCCACAUUGAUCGACCUCCACCAAUUUUCGAUGUCAAUAGCGAUCAGACCCUGAAAGCCCCACCCGUCCAUGGUGAGGUUAUCACAGAUGAGUCUGCCAGAGAAAAGAUUGGCGAAAAGAGCGGAUAUCCUGUUUUGGAUUUUUAUUACAGCAUCAUGAGCCAUGUCCUGUCCAUACCGUGCACUGGCCAAUUUUUAACUGAGUUCUGUUUGAAUGGGGGCCGGUGCUUCAGCUAUCCCAUUGGAAAUCAUAGCUUCUUCUCGUGUGAAUGUGCCGACGGCUAUGUGGGUGAGCGGUGUGAAUCGAAACAUGUUAAUGGAGUUUAUGGGGCCGCAUCUACGCUGGACUCCAGUCAACCCAAAAUUCUGACGGCGCGCGUUGUAUUUUCCUUUCCCAUGCUAAUCUUUCUCACCGUCACGUAUCUGUUUUUCGGCAUGGUCAUCGUUUUCAAAUGCCAAUCGCCGUUGCGGUACAAGACCGCGCCACACACUUCGCGAGCAGCCGGCCUGCUUUGCACGUGAACGGGUCGUUCGGUUUUGGGAUUCGCGGCUCUAGAGACUAGCAGUGCAAUUUCCGUCGAUACAAGUCGUUCAUGUCGAUUAUGGAAAAGCUUUUCCAAAGUGUCGGUUCCGGUAGCGGUUCGACCAUUUCGUAACCCCCAACCUUUUGCCAAAACAUUUGUAUUAACAUAGUUAUCUUUUGUAGACUAGUAAUUCUAAUUGUAUUUUAAGACUCUUUCGUUUCGUUCGAGACUGCGCGCAGUGGUGGCAGCAAUUCUGCCACAUCCAAUUAUUAUUUAAUAUUUUUUUUAUAUUCCUAUUCUCCUAAUUAUGCCGUAAUUAAUUAUUUUCUUUUCUCUUCUAUUAACAUUCAUUCAUGUGGAGCUUUUCUCGUGGGACACGUGUCGAAAAAGCGCGCUUUUUCAAACCUCCGUCUUCGUAUUUAUUUAUAGGCGAUAGUAAUUUUUCUUUUUUUU